AUGAGUACAACUGAAUUUAAUACAGAUUCAUUUCGUGAUUUAACAUUUGAUCUUUUAUCGGGUGUUGCAAAUGAUACAACAAAAUUCGAUGAAUUAAAUGAUGCUUAUUUGAAUAAACUUCAUGAACGUACAGAUGGUGAUAAUUUACGACGAUAUGCAAGAGAAAUUUAUGAAAAAAUUCUUUCUCUACAAAUUGUACAAUCAAAUUCAGCAAUACACUUAAAAGAUUCAUUUCAUGAAAGAAUUAUUGUUGUUUAUUUUUGGACAUUUUCUAAUGUUCAUUCUUUACAAACACUGGAAAGAAUUAUUGGUAUGGAUAGACGAUAUUCUAGUGCUGGUGUUACUAUUAUUGGUGUUCAUUCUUCAAAAUAUGAACAUGAAAAAAAUAAAGCAAAUGUUCGACAUGCUGUUGAUGAACAUUCAAUUCCAUUUGCAGUUGUUAAUGACAAUAAUUUACAAGUAUGGAAACAUGUUGGUUGUCAAAUUUUUCCAACAGCACUUGUUUUUGGACCUGAUGCAUUACCAAUAUUUAUAUUUGAAGGAGAAAAUCAUGUACAACAUUUAGAAUUAUUUUUGGUACCUAUUCUUGCUUAUUAUAAAUCAAGUGUACGUGCACCAUCAACUGAUACAUUAUCAAUUAAAACUUCGCCAGAUGAUUUAUCUGCAACGAGUGCAACUCCAAAAACACCGAGAUUUACAUAUCCAAGUCAUGUAUGUGUAACUUCAAGUGGACAUUUAUGCGUUUCAUUUACGGGUUCAAAUCAAUUGAUUUUCUGCGAAAUUGAUGGCAAAGUUCUUGAUAUUGUUGGUACUGGUCAGGCUGGUUUGGCUGAUGGUGAUAUAGUACAAUGUGAAUUUGAUGCACCACAUGGUCUUAUAGAAUAUAAUAAUUGUAUCUAUAUUGCUGAUACAAAUAAUCAUGCAAUUCGUGUGUUUGAUCCUAAUUCACGUCGUGUAGUUACAUUAAUUGGUACUGGUCGUUUAGGAAGUGACAAAAUUGGUGGUCUUAAACGAAGUCAACAACCUAUUGCUUCACCAUGGGAUUUAUGUAUUACAGAAUCACCAUUCGAUCAUAAAUUAGUAUUACUUAUUUCAAUGACUGGUCAAAAUCAAAUAUGGGCAUAUGCUUUUGAAGAAACUCAAUGGUGGAAUGAUGUUAUAUUACAAAAAAAUUCAUGCUCAGCAAUAAUUGGAAGUGGUACAGAAGAAAAUAGAAAUAGUUCUGAACCAAUGACUGCUGGUUUAGCAGGACCACGUGGUAUUUGUAAUGGUAUAAUGAAUGGAGGACCAGUAUUAUUCAUUGCGGAUAGUGAUAGUUCGACUAUACGUGUUGUUACACUUCAAGAUGGACAUGUUGCUAAUUUAGUUGGUGGUAAUGGUGAUCCAACAAAUCUUUCAGCAUUUGGUGAUCUUGAUGGUAGUGGUCAUAAUGCAAAAUUACAACAUCCAGUUGGUAUUGUAUUUCAUUAUCCAUCAUCACAAUUAUAUAUAACAGAUACAUUUAAUAAUAAAAUAAAACGUGUUGAUAUGAAAACUUUAAUGUGUUCAAGUUAUUUUGUAAUGGAUACUGAUAGAAAAAAACAACGUGGAGAAACAAAUUCAGCUAAAUUUAAUGAACCAUAUGGUAUAGCUCUAUUUGAACAUUAUCUGUAUCUUGCUGAUAAAAAUAAUUCACAUAUUAAAUGUAUUGAUCUUGAUCAUGGAACAAUUAUUCGACAUCGAUUUGAUUUGAGUGGAACAUUGAAUGAAGAACGUUCAUUUGGUUCAAAACAAGCUUAUUUAUCUAUUCUUCUAGCUGAUGCAGUUCAAUUACGUGAAGGUAAUGCUGGUACAUGGAUUAUUGAAGAUGAAGAUGGUUUUAAAAUAUGUGAUGGUGAAUUAACACAUCAUGCAUCUGAUCAAAUACUUUUAGAUUAUAUUCCACGUGAUAAACAGGUAGCUCAACUUAAAUAUGAAUUAAUGGUAUGUCAAGAUGAAAAUUGUUCAAUGAUGAGUGGUAUAGUUCAACCAGCUAAUCAAACAGACUCAAGUAUUGAAUUUAUCAUUAAAAUUGAUCAAAAAGAAACAACAAGUUCUGACUAG